AUGAACGAAUUAGACAGCCUGCGUCAGGAGGCUGAGACUCUUAAAAAUGCUAUUCGGGAUGCAAGGAAGGCGGCAUGCGACACGUCGCUUUCGCAAGCCACGGCGAACCUGGAGCCGAUCGGCCGCAUACAGAUGCGCACGCGACGUACGCUGCGCGGUCACUUGGCUAAGAUCUAUGCGAUGCAUUGGGGCAGUGACUCCAGGAAUCUGGUGUCUGCCAGUCAGGACGGCAAGCUCAUAGUGUGGGACAGUCACACGACGAACAAGGUGCACGCGAUACCACUGCGCUCGUCCUGGGUCAUGACUUGCGCAUACGCACCCUCUGGCUCUUAUGUCGCCUGCGGUGGUCUAGAUAACAUUUGCUCUAUCUACAGCCUGAAGACUCGCGAGGGUAAUGUGCGCGUGUCUCGCGAGCUGCCCGGCCACUCGGGUUACCUGUCAUGCUGCCGUUUCCUUGACGAUAACCAGAUCCUCACCAGCUCCGGCGAUAUGUCAUGCGCCCUGUGGGACAUCGAGACGGGCCAGCAGUGCGGCCAGUUCACGGGCCACACGGGUGACGUCAUGUCGCUGUCGCUGGCCCCCGACCAGCGCACCUUCGUGUCGGGCGCCUGCGACGCCUCCGCCAAGCUGUGGGACAUCCGCGACUGCCAGUGCAAGCAGACCUUCCCGGGACACGAGAGUGAUAUCAACGCUGUCACUUUCUUCCCAUCCGGGUUUGCGUUCGCGACGGGUUCGGACGACGCGACGUGCCGCAUGUUCGACAUCCGCGCCGACCAGGAGCUGGCGAUGUACUCGCACGACAACAUCAUCUGCGGCAUCACGUCUGUCGCCUUCAGCAAGUCGGGCCGCCUGCUGCUCGCCGGCUAUGACGACUUCAACUGUAAUGUCUGGGACUCCAUGAAGAGUGAACGUGCCGGCAUACUGGCUGGCCACGACAACCGCGUGUCCUGUCUGGGCGUGACCGAGAACGGCAUGGCGGUUGCCACAGGCUCCUGGGACUCUUUCCUGCGCAUCUGGAACUAA